GUAGUCUAGUUGGUUAGGAUACUCGGCUCUCACCCGAGAGACCCGGGUUCAAGUCCCGGCAACGGAAUUUCUUUUUUAAAACCCAAACCCCAAAUCAGCUUUUUUUUUUUUCUUUUCCCCAAUUCAUUUCUUUCAUAUUCUUAACCAAAACUCCUAUAUUUCCAGAUCAUUUCCAAACCCUAAAUCAGCUUCUUCUCUUUAUCCUGUGCAAAUAAUUUUGACGAUUACUCUCCAAUUCAGUUGUUUAAUUCAUUUACUGCUCCCAGUUGUCAUCGUGUUUGAUCCAGUUUUCUCACGAGGCCGACGGUCACAGACAAUCUUAUCAUCACCGUGAAACUAGCUUUAACUCGUGGGUAUGGAUAAUAACAACCUAAAUUCUCUUUAUACCACACUCUCUGCUGAAGAUUUAGCCUGGGCCGAUUCCUGUUUAAUCGAAGAUCCCGACAUCUCCGAAACUAAUAUGGAUUCUCUAAAAGAAGCUUUACUCCAAAUUCUCGAUCAACAUUCUGAAACCCAUAGCACUUCUGCAAACGAACAUGGUAAUAACUCAAAUGACAAAAUUGACCCUGAGAAUUCACAUUUAGUCUUAGAGGAAGAAGUAACUUCACAUGCUGCCGGAAAAAGUGUUGACCAAGAUGUAGAACAAGAAAGCUAUGAUGCUGUAUCCAUCUUAAAGAAACAACCGUUUCUUCCAAAUUUUCAUGACGAGAUGAUGAACAUGCGAUAUUCUGAUGAUGAUGAGGGUUUUUUGGUGUCUGAAUUUGUGACGGAACCGCUUCCUGAUGAGGAUAUAUUCAAGGUGUGGGAUUUAGAUAUCCCGGUUGAAGAAGAUGAACUUGUUAAAGAACUGACGGAGGCACUUUCUUCGGAUGCAGAUAAAGCGAAAGGUUUGAAAACGGAGUCGGUUGAUAGGCUGGUUGAAAGCAUUGCAGAUCUUUCUAUUAAGUAGAGUGUUGGUUCGUUAGUUUUAGAACAAUGGAUGCUAGUUAAACCAUCUUAUUUUCAUCUUUAUGCAAACUCUUUAUGUCUUCUUUUGUCACAUCUAUUUAUUAAUAUAUAAAAAAGGUGGUGAAUUAGUGAUU